AUGAAUAGAGUCUUUCAUAACUACGGUUUAAUCGACCAAGAAAGUGAUACUUCCGACUUUGAAAAUGAAAUGGCAGAAUUUAACGUUGCAAUUCGGAAAGAGAAAAUUUUUAGAGAACGCAAAAAUUACUUCGAGUUAUUAGACGAAGUAGAGUUUCAGAAACAAUUUUGUUUGAAGAAACAAACAGUUAAAAUAAUCCUGGAAGAAUUACAAGAUCAGAUAAAAUAUCCCACCAACAGAAAUAAUGCCAUCUCUCCAAUGACGCAAUUGUUACUAACAUUGAGGUUUUUUGCUACGGGGAAUUUUCUCAUUACAGCCGGUGACUUUAGUGGUGUUAGCGUUGCAGAUGCUGGACAAAUUGUAAAGCAAGUCAGUUAUGCAUUAGCUACAAAAAGUGAUAAAUAUAUAAAAAUGCCUAAAACAACAGCAGAGAUAAUGGAGCUGAAAGUGAAGUUUUAUGGAUUAGCCCGUUUCCCAAAAGUAAUAGGUGCAAUAGAUUGUACCCACAUCAAAUUACAAUCUCCAUCGAGAGAAUAUGGGGAACAAUAUAGAAAUAGAAAGGGGUAUUUUUCCCUAAAUUUACAAGCUUUGGUUAAUGCAAAUUUGGAGUUCUUGGAUGUAGUGGCACGUUGGCCCGGCUCAGCACAUGACAGCAAUGUUUUUGCAAAUAGCAGGCUCAGGGCAAGAAUGGAACUCCACGAGUUUAAAGAUUGUGUGAUUUUGGGAGACGCAGGCUAUGCAUUAUCCCAUUACUUACUAACGCCUAUAGCAAAUCCAGCAACCAAGGCUGAAAGAUUGUACAAUGAAUCUCAGAUUAGGACUCGUAAUGUGGUGGAACGGACAUUUGGAGUCUGGAAACGAAGAUUCCCUGUCUUAUUUUUUGGACUCCGUUUGAAAAUGGAAACAUCAAUGGCAGUUAUUCAGUCCUGUGCCAUACUUCACAACAUUGCUCGCUUGGCAAAUGACCCACAACCACCAGAUGAGGUUGAAAAUAUCACAGAUUUAUUAACCAAUGAAUUAGUGGAUAUAGAAGAUGCUAUACAGCCAGAACAUAAUAAUUGUGGUCUGAGAAAUGCUCUUAUAGCAGAACAUUUUGGUCUCAUGUGA